AUGGGGAUUGUGUUAGUUAGAUGUGAUAUUUCACAGGCCCAACGUCCAUCCCAGUACUCUAGUGGUUACUCGUCCCAUUCUGCCAUUGAUUUCGGCCCAAGAACCAAAGUCAGUUACACAGGAGGUGGAGGUGGUGGUGGUGGCGGCGGAGCAUAUUACCAAGAAGAGUUUGGCAACAGUGGUUACCAGGGUGGCGGUUUCCAAGUCAGUGGUUACCAAAGUAAUGGCGGCCAAGUUCCACAGCAGCAGGUCAGCACAAUGACUCGAUCCUUCAGUCGAAUGGGGGGCGACCCGGAGACUCUGUCGAUGCGUUCCAUGCGUUUAGCGUCCGUGCCACGCCAAGUGGUUUCUUCAUGGGUGGUGCAGGACGACAGUGAUGGCAGUCUGGUUUCAGAGCGUGACGCCACUUACACGCAACAAGCCUCCAUGCAGAGCAUGAGCAACGGCUACGCAGCCAACACCUACCCACACCAGUCCAUGUAUUCAACCUCUAGGAUGAACGGAUUUGAAAGCGGACAGCAGCAGGUCAGUUCCAUGGCGCUGCCGGCCAUGAAACGUUCCCUCAGCGGGACCCUGGGCACUGGUGGCGGAGGCAGCGGUAUGGAGCAGGAGGUCUACGUUAGCCGGCAGUCCUUCAAAGGCCCUGCCCACCGCACCAUCAGCCGAAUCAACAACCGUCAAACGACUCGCGGGGACUCACAGAGCAACCUGGCGAUGAUGCCGCAGGGAAGCCUGUCACGCGCCGGCUCCGUCAGGAGCGUGCAUAGUGUCGGGAGAGGCAAGGAUGUGUUUGAUGGCAUGGAUAUGACGGGCAGCAUGGGCAACCUGAGCGGACUCAACAGUUUGGACAUGCCAACUGCCAUUAGCUAUCUUGAUGAGUCCGAUCAAAAUCUUCAGAUGUUGGGAGCUGCCUACAUUCAGCAUGAGUGUUACAAUAACAAUGAUGCAAAGAAACAGGUGAACCAGCUGAAGGGAAUUCCUCUCCUGGUGCAGCUGUUUACCAGCGAGAGUCAAGAGGUGCAGCGCUACGCCACCGGCGCCACCAGGAACCUCAUCUAUGAGAGCAUGGAGAACAAAGUGUCCCUUAUUGAAGUCGGUGGGAUCCCCAAACUGAUGGAGGCUCUUAGAGAACCGGACAACGAACUCCGCAAGAACAUCACAGGUAUUCUGUGGAAUCUGUCCUCUAAGGAUAACCUGAAAGAAAGACUGGCACGAGAAACGCUUGCCGAAUUGACAGAGAAGAUUUUGAUUCCCCUCUCUGGCACCGGGGACCAGGACAUCAUUGAGCUGAGCCCCUCAGAGUCCGACAUCUUCUUCAACACCACCGGCUGUCUCAGAAACUUGAGCUCAGUGAAUGAGAAGACCAGACAGCAGAUGAGGGAGACCUGUGGCCUUAUAGAUGCUCUGGUUGGCUAUAUUCAGAAAUGCUUGCCGGAAACUAAAGUGGAGGAGAAGGGUGUGGAGAACGCAGUGUGUGUGUUGAGGAAUCUGUCCUAUCAGCUGUACACUGAGAUUCCCCCCUCAGCACUUCUGCGGCUGGAGGGUCCGAGUCGAGCUCAGAGCUCCUCAAAAGGAGAAGAUAUCGGCUGCUUCACCCCUAAUAGCAAGAAAGCUAAAUAUAGACAAAAUCAGGACCUCACCACAUUUACAGAAGUGUCACGGCAGCCCACAGGUAUCGAGUGGCUCUGGCACCCUAAGAUAGUGGAGCUGUAUAACCAGGUGCUGCAGCGCUGCGAGAUCAACUCCACAACGCGAGAGGCCGCGGCCGGAGCCCUGCAGAACCUCACAGCUGGAGACAAGAGGUGGGCAUCCAUUUUGAGUCGUGUGGCAUUAGAGCAGAAUAGGAUGUUGCCUGUUAUUCUGGAUCUCCUCAGGACCGACAACAAUCUAGAGGCGCGUUCUCUCACCGGCUUACUCAGAAACCUCUCCCUUCAUGCCAAGGACAAGAACGACAUGGCCACAAAGGUGGUAAAUCCCUUGCUUACCAAACUGCCCAUCGAUGGCCGCCAGAAGGAGUUGUCAAGUGACGUGGUGGUGAACGUCUGUGGAGCUCUCAACAACCUGGUGGCCAGCAGCAUGGUGGCUGCACGAGACAUCGCCUUCUUCGAUGGUCUGCCCAAGCUGGUGGGCAUCAAGACCUCUCAUGACAGCAGCCCUGGUAAACUGAAAGCUGCUAAAGCUGCGGCAACAGUGCUGAGCAACAUGUUCCAGUACAAGAAGCUACACAAAGAUUACAGAAACAAAGGGUUCCACAGAGAAGAUUUUUUUUAGACCUGGGCAUCUGAAUGGAUUGUAUUGUCAAUCAGGAAGAUAUUUAAUAAGGACAAUGGAUAAAGAAAGCUCAAAACACUACCGGAACACCAGCAAUACAAAUAUUCUGAAAUACGAAAAAGUGGAUAACACACAAGACUUUAUUGCUACUGUAUAUAGAUGAACACUUCCUAUUUAGCCUCGUAUUUUUGUUAUUUAAAAAAAAAAAAAUCCUCAGGGAUUUAUUGAAAUAUGUCUUUUUUUUAU